AUGUCGGACAACAGUAUGACCAAGCUGUACACUGAGAUGUCUCUCAACAACACUCGCAAUGCGUUCAACGUCAACGCAGGGUUGGCCAGCAAACUUGAGGGCACAUCCGGCCUGCCCCCGGCCUUCUACGUCGUCGCCCGGCGUGUCCCCGAAGUCUCUAGGCUCUUCGACUGCUUGACGGAGCGUGUCGAGUCGGCCGGGCAAGAAGACGAGAAGAAACUCGUCGAGAUCCAGCAGGUGGCUAACUACUGCCGUCGCCAGGCUGAAGACCUCGAGAAGGCCCUUGUCGCAGUCGUCACAAUUGGAGACGCUACCCUGAGACUCGAAAGGUACCGCGAGGCUGUGGAGGGAGGCGCCCAAAGACCCGAGCAGGUCAUGAGCAGCGUGCUCAGCCGCCUCGGCGAUGUCAUCAGAGAGCCCUUUGUCAGCCGAGAGCAUGUCAACAAGGUGCAGGAGAUGCUCAACGAGGUCAAGAAGUUGCCACCGUCUUUGAAGCCGGACUCUAGAGAAGGUGUUAGGCUGUACAACAGCGGCUCUGGAACUCAGCUCUACCACGGCGGCACAGGGAGCCAGCCGAACUGUAACGGCGGAACCCAGAUCAAUGGCGACAGCCACGGCGCUAGCUAUCACUUUGCGUCUGAGCCGUCUAAGGGAAAUUCCCUCUGGCCCAAAAACAAAUAG